CAGUUUCCGUUAUGCAUGCAUCCAAAAGUGCGACUCAGAAGGAAAUAUGUCGAUAAUUUCUAGGAUUGACCGUUUUUUUCUUCUCAUCAUCUUACAUACAACAGUUUUGAAUCAUGUCAAUUCGACCACUUACUGUCCUCCGCUCGUAGCCCCAAAAGAAACAAACCUUAGCUGCGUGACAUCCAGUGAUGAGCAGCUUGUGGAUUGUUCAUCAACCUGGCUUCCAGAUGGAUCAAUUGCAUACUUUCGAUGCACUGAAGCAGAUAAAUUAAGAGUACGUUUUGGAAAAAUAGUUUGUAAAGGAAAUUAUGAAAUUGUUAAUAACGGCCCUUCUGCGAUAAACAAUAACCAAGAUCCCCUGCCAUGUGGAAUUCAACAAAUGCCAGCCAACUCUGAGUUUCAUUUUUAUGGGUUUGAAAAAUCUCCACAUUAUCCUGUUUUAAUAAACGUAACCCAAGAUGCAGGAACGUUUAGAGACCAGGGACUAAAAUUAUUGAAUGAUUUUCGUAACCUGCAUCAAGCACUGCCUUUAGAAAUGGAGGAGUUGCUCAAUGAGAAAGCUCAGUUAUGGGCUGACACACUUGCCAAUCGAAACUCUCUGGAUUUAGCGAAGGAAGAUUUUAUUGGUCAAAAUGUCUUCAAUUCAGAUCAAACCGAGCUAUCACUUGCAGUAAACGAUGCCAUUCAAUUUUGGUAUCUCAAAGGAUUAAAAAACUACAAUUGGGACAAUAUACAAUCCAACUGGGAAAAUCCGCUUGCUCUUGACUUUUCUCAGAUUGUGUGGAAAUCUAGCAGAAAAUUCGGCUUGGGUGCUUCUAACAGAAAAUUUCCUAUUAAUAGCAAGGGAACUGUCGUUGUCGCAUUUUAUUUCCCUAUGGGAAAUGUUGUUCUUGAAAAUGAAACGAGACCAGAAACGAUGUUCGUAGAAAAUGUUUUACAGGCAAAAAAUAUGUCAUCAGAAAUGUAAUAGUCAUUUAAGUAUCAUACGUCAGAGGGGUUUUUGACACUAACAAAAUAAAAUGAUCAUAGACAUUUGUGAGAGUUUGUGCUAUUAGUUUCAAUUAGUUUCAAAAUUCAACAACCAGUUUUUAGCCCGAGUCAGGCCUUGUAUAUCUGUCAUUUUCGUCCGUCCGUCUUUCCGCCUUCGCCAUAACUCUCUUCAAACUUCUCCAAUCGACUUGAAAUUAUGUACUAGAUGAGCAAAAUCGAUCAAGUGGUUGACCGGUGGGGGUCAUGAAGGUCAGGUUGGGUCGUUGAUGCAGUUAGAAUUUGUUUUCGGAAGCUGAAAUUUGUGACAGAAAUCCCUGAUGGCUUAUGUUUAUACAAGUGACCUCCACUGGUCCUGGUACCCAAAGGGAAGGAAUAAUGAAUACUUCAAAAAUUUGGUGCCAAAUAGUAGAAUAUAUUAACAAAAACAAAAAUAUUAACAAACAUUCGAUCAUCGCCAACAUCGUUAGUGGUCUGGUCAUGUGGCAUAAAUUUAAAAGCAGAACCUGUACCUGACUCGGGCUAAAUCAAGCCUGCACUGUAGUUUUUUGUAGACUUGCUUCCUACCUAUCUCACAAUCGCAACAAUGUGCAGUAUGACUAAUACUUCACACAUUAUUACGAAUACACGACUUUCAAUCACUUUUGCUUUCAUGUAUGAAGUUAAGGUCACUUCUUAUCUUUGCAUUUAUAUAUGAACAAUACUUCUCUCACCCCAACCUUAUGAAAGUUAUUUAAUAGAAAUUUUAUCAUCUCCCCACCAGAAUCAACGUGCGUUGAUCAAUUAUCACCAUCAUUAGAGAUAAAUACUUAUACUCACUUCUCACUUCUCAUGUGUUAAAGAGAAAUCAUGGAAAUCAGAAUGAACAUCCUAAAAAUUGAAUUUUUACUGGUAAUUUGUGUCCAAAGUUUUGUUGUUCAGAGUCAAAGUAAUCUGGAGUUGGAUUGCGGGGUUCGACCCCCGCAAGAAAUCCAUAAUCCUUGGCAUGUCCCAAAAUACGGACCUUUCGGCUGGGACAAUCCUCAAAUCGCGAACAGAGAGAAUUUCCCGUGGCAAGUUGGCCUAUUUCGAAAGACGGAAGGCAUUUUCAAGUACGAAUGUGGAGGAACGCUGAUUCCUGGGACGAGAGAAAACGAAGUGCUCGUUCUCACGGGAGCGAGAUGCGUCACCCAAAGUCUAAAUUCAACCGAUGCAGAGACGCGUUUGGGAAACUUGCGAGUUGUUGUCGGCCAAUACAGCAGCAACUACAACAGUAACAAGGAGUUUGGAGUGCAAAAAUUGGGCAUUCGAAGGAUAGAAAUUCAUCCACUCUACGAAGCUAAAAGUCAUGACUCGGAUGCUGCAAUUGUGCAAUUGGAUCGUUCAGUACGACUUGGGCCGAUAGCUCUCCCUGUCUGCCUCCCCCCAAAUAAUUCACAGAAAUCGGGGAUCAGAUUCGGCAUGGUUGGAGAGAUUUCCGGAUUUGCUUGGGACACGCGAAGAAAUUUUACUGAAAAAUUGAGAUAUGCAAGAUAUCCCGUGGUGUCAAGUACUACGUGUCAAGAAAAGCUUGGCGUUAAAGUGAAUGACUACUUAGAAUUUUGUACGGGAUUUGAAAAAGACUCAACGGCCUGCCAGGGCGAUUAUGGAGGAGGCUUGGUUUUUCAGCAACCAAAGAUUCAAGGCCGAUAUUUUCUACAGGGACUGUUGAGUAACUUGGAUGCAACACCAACCACAGAAGAAGGAUACUGUGAAAACUAUAAUGUGUUUAAACGAAUUGGACCCUAUUUGGAGUGGAUCAAACAGACACAGAUAAAAUUCGAAUUAGAGGAUGAUUCUCAAACUCUUCCGAAACCAAAACCUACAGUUGGAUUUCCUUUAAAUUAUUUACCUGAAUAUGCCAAGAUUGUACGAGAUUUACACAACCAUUAUCGAGGAAUACAUAAGGUUCCGACAGUAAGAUUGGUUGGAAAGAUCCAACACGAAGCACAACGUCUUGCAGAGGAAAUGGUGGAAGAAGACGAAUUGGCAGUUCCGGAUGCACAAGACUAUCCUUAUGGUGUAAAUCUCUAUGCAAUUCCAAACUAUGCCAAUGCCAAAGAUGCUGUUCGGGAAGCUGUCCAGUAUUGGUACAGUGGUUUCACUUUGUACGAUCGGAGUGAUCCCCGUCCAUCCGCAUUUACCCAAAUGAUCUGGAAAUCGACGACUCAAAUUGGCGUGGGGGUAGCGACUACUGGCAAGAAAACGGUCGUCGUCGUCAACUACUGGCCCAAAGGCAAUGUGCUGUACAAAGGAGGAAAGGACUACCAAAAAAGAAAAUCAUUUCACGAUAAUGUUCGCGUCAUUCAGUUUGCGAGAUAGCACCAUAUUUAGUUCUGUAGUGGCCACUCACGUGCACAUACAUAUAUUAUUAUUAUACAGAAUUACUAAUAAGCUGCUGCGUAUCUCUCUCUUCCAGACAUUAUUUAUUUGAUUUGUAAUUGCUUAAUUACCUUUAAUGAAAGAAACAAAACAUGUUUGCCAAACACGGAA